CGAUGCUGAGGCUUCUUUCACGCUUCGAUGGAAAUUUGCUAGUCAGUAUCCGUGGAUUCACCAUCGUGGGUGUUUCCAAUUCCGUAGCAAUUCCCAAACAAGGCGAAACGCGUUCAGAAAAUGGGGAAGGAUGACGCAGAAACGGUGGCCUUGAAGAAGGAACUGGAGGACCUGAUCAACAAAUGCAAGGAGGAUCAAAAGAAACAACAGGACACGACUCUUGAGGAGGCAUGUAACGGGGUGGCGGACGCUCCAAAGGUCAAAUUAUCUACAAAGAAGUUAUUAAAGGGUCACAUCAACAAGGUGAACUCGGUGCAUUACAGUGGUGACAGUAGGCAUUGCGUGACAGGGUCCUUAGACGGAAAACUAAUCAUCUGGGAUUCGUGGACUGGAAACAAGGUCCAAGUAAUUCCAUUGCGCUCGGCAUGGGUGAUGUCUGUAGCGUUUGCGCCUUCAGGAAACUUCGUCGCCUGCGGUGGCAUGGACAAUAUGUGCACCAUCUAUGAUGUGAACAAUCGUGACGCUACAGGUUCCGCCAAAAUUGUCAGAGAGUUGUUAGGAUAUGAAGGAUUCCUCUCGUCGUGUAGAUUCUUGGAAGACAAGAGGAUCAUCACUGGAUCCGGUGACAUGAAAAUCUGCAUAUGGGACUUAGAAGCAAACAAAAAAACGACAGACUUCUGUGCCCACGCUGGCGACGUGGUUAGCAUUAGUUUAUCUCCGGAUAUGAACACUUACAUUACUGGAUCGGUAGACAGAACAUGCAAACUUUGGGAUUUAAGAGAGGAGAAUGCCAAGCAGACUUUCUUUGGGCACGAGGCUGAUGUAAACUCCGUCUGUUAUCAUCCUUCGGGACAGGCCUUCGUGACGGCCUCAGAGGACAAGACAGCGAGAUUGUGGGACUUGAGAUCCGAUCAGCAGUUAGCUACGUUUAAGCCGCCUAAUUCAAAUCCAGGAUUUACGUCAUGCGGUUUAUCGUUCAGCGGUAGAUUUAUAUUUUGCGGCAGCGAUGACAAUUCUAUUCACAUUUGGGACACGUUGAAGAAUCAGUACAACGGCGUUAUGUCAGGCCACGAGAACCGUGUCACGUCGCUCAGCGUUGCUGCAAACGGUAUGGCGGUUGCUAGCUGUUCCUGGGACCAGCAUGUGCGAAUUUGGGUGUAGAAACUUCGAAUAACUUGAUCAGUAACGUUGCAGAAUCUUGAAGAAGGUGAUGGAAUAAAAAAGAAAUCCUAUUUUCUUCUUGUUGAUACGUUUGUUCGUUUGCGUUUCGCCAUCCUCUAAAGUCAAGUUUUUUCACAAAAGGAAAAUUAAAUAUCUACAAGGAAACUAUCUAUUACGCGUAUUAAGUUGAUUAAUUACUCGCAUGUUUAAUUUAUAUGUAUAAACACCUGUAAUGUUUCUUGAGGUUUAUAUUAAAAGAUAAAGGAACCGCUUUCUU